AAGAGAGGCCAUUCAGAGAGGUAACAGAGUCAGUAUAAAACCAGAAGCAGAGGAGAACCAAAGGAGAGGCAGAGGAGAGCCAGAGGAGAACCAAAAGAGAGGAGAGACAGAGAUAAGCCAGAGAAGAACCAGAGGAGAGACGGUGGAGAGCCAGAACCAGAGGAAAGCCAUAGGAGUACCAGAGGAGAGACAAAGGAGAACUAGAGCCAGAGGAGAGACAGAGGAGAACCAGAGGAGAACCAGAACCAAAGGAGUGACAGAGGAGAGCCAGCGGAGAGGCAAAAGAGAACCAGAAUCAGUGGAGAGCCAGAGGAAAAAUAGAACCUGAGGAAAGCCAGAGGAGAGCCAGAGGAGAACCAGGAGGGAGACAGAGGAGAACCAUAGCAGGAGGAAAGCCGGAUGACAGCCAGAGAAUAACCAGAGGAGACGCAAAGGAGAACCAGAACCCGAGGAGAGACAGAGGAAAGCUAGAGAAGAACCAGAGGACAGCCAAAGAAAAACCAGAGGAGAACUACAGGAAAAAUACUAGAAGGAGAGCUGAAAGGAAGGAGAGCCAAUGGGGAACCAGAGAAGAACCACAUGAGAACCUGAGAAGAGCCAGAAGAGAACCAGAGGAGAACCAGAGCAGAAGGGAGGCAGUGGAGAGACAGUGGAGACUUAGAUGAGAGCCAGGGAACAACCAGAACCAGAGGAGAGUCAGAAGAGAACCAGAACCAGAGACAAGCCAGAGGAGAAUCAGCAGAGCCAGAGAAGAAUCAGAGAAGAACCAAUACGAGAACCAGAGAAGAGCCAGAAGAGAACUGGAGGAGCUCCAGAGAAGAGCCAAAGGAGAACCAGAGGAGUUGAGAGAGACAGGUUUGGAAAGGAUUCUGUUGGAAGUGAUUCACAGCUGGACAUUUCCUUCUUUCUAACAAGGGAUUUCUGUGAAGACUUCUCCCAUAUCCACUCUCUCUCUCUGCAGAGGAGGAACCAUACACUCUGGACCAUUGCUGCUUAGAUUCAGACAACAGUAAACGUCUUACAGCAGGAUUUGAAGUAGUAGAUUUGAGCUGCUGCAAGGACCAUGGCUGAAGCAGUUCUGGACCCCUCUGAGCUGCACCUUCACAAUGAGCUCCUUUCUAUAACACCACACCUCCAUCAAAUCUGUGAUGACCUCUCGGUGCCCUCCUCUCCUGCCACUGUGCGGAGUGAGUGUGGCAUCACCCCCCUGACGCCCACGCCUUCUCCGAGGGUGAAGAUGCGACCCAAAAUGGCUUCUCUGUUCUCAGUGGUGGUGGCCAUAGACUUUGGAACCACCUCCAGCGGCUACGCUUUCAGCUUUACCCACUCAGAAGCCAUCCAUAUCAUGAACAGGCGCUGGGAGGGCGGGGACCCUGGAGUAGCCAAUCAGAAGAGCCCCACAUGCCUACUGCUGACCCCUGACCUCCGCUUCCACAGUUUUGGCUUCUUGGCACGGGACUUUUACCAUGACCUGGACCCGGAUGAGGCACAGCACUGGCUUUACUUCGACAAGUUCAAGAUGAAGAUCCACAGCACCAGUGACCUCUCCAUGGAGACAGAGCUUGAAGCAGUCAAUGGGCGAAAGGUCCGAGCCAUCGAGGUGUUCGCCCAUGCCCUGCGCUUCUUCAGAGAACACGCCCUAAAGGAGGUGAAGGAGCAGUCUUCAUCGGUGCUGGAGGGAGAGGAGAUCCGCUGGGUCAUCACUGUACCAGCCGUGUGGAGACAACCAGCCAAACAGUUCAUGAGAGAGGCCGCCUACUUGGCAGGGCUAGUGUCUCUGGACUGUCCCGAGCAGCUGCUGAUCGCUCUGGAGCCUGAGGCUGCGUCCAUCUACUGCCGCAAGCUCCGCCUCCACCAGGUGAUUGACUUGAGCACUCAGCCAAUUCCCAAUGGCCUGGGGGCAGAUGAGUCUCAUCCCUUUGACUCCAGCUUCAGACAAGCGCGGGAACAGCUGAGGCGAUCCAGGCACAGCAGGACUUUUGUGGUUGAGAGUGGGACUGGAGAUCUGUGGUCCGAGCUACAAACCGGUGACCGCUAUGUGGUGGCUGAUUGCGGAGGCGGGACCGUAGACCUGACUGUACACCAGAUCGAGCAGCUUCAGGGCACUCUGAAGGAGCUCUACAAGGCAUCAGGAGGUCCAUAUGGGGCAGUGGGGGUGGACAUGGCGUUUGAGUCCAUGCUGUGUCAGAUCUUUGGAGAAGACUUCAUCCAGAGCUUCCGAGCCAAGCGUCCUGCAGCCUGGGUGGACCUGAGCAUCGCCUUUGAGGCCCGCAAACGCACAGCUGCUCCGGGACGCACAAAUGCUCUCAACAUCAAUCUGCCCUUCUCCUUCAUCGAUUACUACAAGAGGCACCGUGGGCACAGUGUGGAGGCUGCACUCAGGAGGACCAGUCUGAACAUGGUGAAGUGGUCAUCCCAGGGCAUGCUACGGCUCACUCAGGAGGCUGUGCAUGAGCUCUUCCAACCUACCAUCCUCAGCAUCGUCAGACACAUUGAGGAACUGAUGAAUCGACCCGAGGUGCAGGGCGUGCGCUUCCUCUUUCUGGUGGGUGGGUUUGCCGAGUCUGCCAUGCUACAGAGGGCCAUCCAGAGGUCUGUGGGGCGUAGCUGUCGCGUCAUCAUCCCGCACGACGUAGGGCUGACCAUCCUGAAGGGGGCGGUGCUAUACGGCCUGGACCCCAGUGUGGUGAGGGUGCGGCGCUGCCCCCUCACCUAUGGGGUGGGGGUGCUCAACCGCUUUGUGGAGGGGCGUCACCCGCGGGACAAGUUGCUGCUGAAGGACGGCCGCGAGUGGUGCACGGACAUCCUGGACCGCUUUGUCUCCGUCGACCAAUCAGUGGCUCUGGGAGAGGUGGUGAGGCGGAGCUACACACCAGCUCGCGCCGACCAACGUAAGAUCAUCAUCAACAUUUACUGCAGCUGCUCAGAUGACGUGGUGUAUGUGACGGACCCUGGGGUAAGGAAGUGUGGCACCAUCACACUGGACCUGCCCCAGCCCCUGCCUUGCCCUGGGACCACAGGGGCCAGUGCAGGGGGCCCGCCACUGCGCAGGGAGAUCAGGGCUUCCAUGCAGUUUGGAGACACAGAGAUCAAGUUGACCGCUGUGGACGUCAUGUCCAACCGUUCAGUGCGGGCGUCUGUGGACUUCCUGUCCAACUGAACAGAGACAUGAAACAGUUCUCACAGGACACACACAAGACACACAGUUCUUCAGAGUGCAGUCCUGGUGAAGAGUAUAGUCCUACAGAAUGCUCAACAUCAGCACUUAGCCCUGAGCACUUCAGCAGGGGACCAGUGAGUGCCCCCAACAGCUGAACUGUCCUUAGGCAAUGGACAGACUGUACAAAAUGCUAAACACACCGUGCAUACUCCAUCCUCUGCUUUGUGACUAUAUCAAUUCCUCUUUGGUCGUCCUCUAGGGCCUAAGCCUCCUGUUUCCCAGCAGGUCUAUCCUUCUGCACAUAUGAAUCACAUUUCAAAAUAAUAAUCUCCCACUUACUCAAAUGUAUAUUUUCAAUUAGUUUUCAACUUUCUAAUUGCCAGGACAUAUCCUGGACCUGGAAAGACUUGUGUAACGGAGAUUCUUAGGGUUUAUCUGAAACUCAGGCAGACUUGCUUGCUUGGGCAGCUGCAGUAAAUGGCUGGCCUGGCCACAAGACUGAAUUUUAUACACCACCUAAGGGUCAUAUGCUGAACUGCAAAUUAAACUUUAAAAUGCUGGUAACCGUCAGUGUCUUCUUAAUAUGAUGUAAUACUGUAAUACUUAUAUUUCAUAUAUAAAUCCUAUUUACUGUGAGAACAUAAUAAAGAUUCU